AUGGCAAAUUGUGAAGAAAUGUUGAAUGACUGUCUGAAAAAAAUUGCAAUUGACCAAAACUAUGAGAAUUAUGAAAUCACGAUAAAAGCUAUAUCUAGUGGAGGAGCAAACUACACCAGUGCUCUGUAUCUUGCUACUAUUCAAGCUCCAGGAAAAGAUGAUCUUAAGUUGUUCGCAAAAAUUGCUGCGAUUGGUGAGAAAAUAAGAUCAGUAUCACCUUAUAAGCUCUAUGAAACAGAAAGCCUUUUUUACAAUUACAUACUGAAGAAAUAUAAAGAAUUGGAGGAAAGAAACAAUGUUCCCGCUGAAUAUAGAUUUGCGACCCCAAAGUACUAUGGUGGAUCUGAUGAAUAUUUAAAAGAAGUCUACGUUUUUGAAGAUCUAACGUCUAAGGGCUUUACAACAUAUGAUAGGUUCAAAUCUAUAGAUUGGGAAUACACUUCAAAGUGUUUAGAAAAUCUAGCGAGAUUUCACGCACUCUCAAUUGCUUUUUCUCAAAGUGAACCAGAAGAGUUUGAGAAUUUAAAUAUUACAAAGGACCAUCGCGAAUCUGAGGAAGCAUUGGGUUUCAUUAGAGAUGUAAUUGCAAAUGCUCUCACAGUAACAAGAGAAGAGAAUCGGGACAGACUUUCAAAAUUUAUGUAUGGUUUAGUAGAGAAUAAGGAGGUAAAGAAAUUUUACCGCUCUUAUAAGCGGCCUGUCAUCGGCCAUGGAGACUACAGGCCUAGCAAUAUGAUGCACCGAAAACAUAAUGGAAAAUUGGAAUUAAUUUCAGUCGAUUACCAGAUGCUUCAACUAGGAAAUCCUAUAGUUGACAUUUUGUACUUCAUCUUCAACGGUUCAGAUAAAAAAUUUCGAGAUGAAUAUUUUAAGCAGUCUUUUGAUCAUUACUAUGAAGAAUUGUCUAAAGCACUCAAGAGAUUACAUCUGGACCCUGAACAAUUGUACUCUAGGGAAGACUUUGACUUUGAAGUCAAAACGCGUCACCAGUUACCACUCUCCUUCCUUUUCAAGGGAGUUUUGAAAUGA